AUGGAGACAACUGCAGACGACCAGGGGACGGCAGCAGUGGUUGACGAUUUGCCUAUUGAUAAGGCUGAAAUAAAUAAGCAAAGGACUCUGUGGGGAACAGAGGAACAGGCCCUUUUCAUCUCUCUCGUCCUGGAGGAUGAGAAAACUUUGUUUGGUGCAGCAAAGGGGGACGGGGGAGAUGGCAAUAUUAAUGCUAUUAACAGAAGGGCCUGGCAAGCAAUUGCUGAUCAAUUGAAUGCCCAAUUUAUAACCAAGAAAAGAAGUUGGCAGGAAUGUAAAAAAAAGUGGAACAACUCCAAACAGAGAGCUAAACAGAAAAUAGACAACUUAAGACAUCCUAGAACUGGAGGUAGUCCAGCCCAGCCCCAAAUCACACCCACAGAGGAGUUGAUUCUCCAGGGAAUAGGAGGGAGACCAUCCAUGACUGGAGUUGGCAGUUUCUUAGAUACAGAUGCAGCAACACCAGAAAUAUCAGUGGAACAAGACUUGGAGGAGGCCAAUACAUCUCGUGAGUUCUCCAGGUCAACUCCAAUCCCAUCAGGAUCAAAUACCACAUGCACAAACCCUACAGUUUAG